ACGUUGCUGAGCAACAACAUGCAGAGCUCAGUGGAGGCCAGCUAACCAGAAGCGUCUCUGAGUUGUACUUACGUGGAGGCAGAUUCAGCAUCCAAAGUCAGGUUCAGUCCUAGGGUCAGGUGAAGAGCAAUCCGUGUGGUCAGAUGAUCCAGAGGUCAGGAAAUCUGGGGUCAAGACAAACAGGAAGCAGCAAGGUAGGUCUACAAACCUUGUUUCCAACAUCUGCCUGCUGCUGGAAGCUCUGCUUAAGAAGGCUGAAGCCAGCUGGUUUUCAUCAGGACCUUCUCCUCUGAGUCCUUGAAGGCUGAUCAGCUGCAGGUGGAGUCACUCUGCCUUCUCCCCCUUCAGGCUGCUGUUCAUCAGGUGAAGCUGACUCUUGGCCCAUGACACUCCAGAUGUUAACCCUAAGUGUGGAGGCAAACCUUUGAAGGGUGCUAAAGAUUAGAGUUAAUCUAUCUGGAAUUUCAGUAGUUAAUUCACUCUUUAUUUCACCCAUCCCUUAUUCUACAACAGACUCAGACUGCAGCCACAUGGAUCAUUCAAAGGGCUCUUCCAGGAGGUGAGCGAUGGCCAAAGCAAGUUGUCACCACCAAUUCCAUUACAUUAUCCCUGGUGCUAUAUAUCUUUACCUUCUUUCUUUAAACAGGACCUGCUCACGUGUCUUUAAUGACAGCCUAACACAGAGAAAUUUAGCAACUUUAUUCCCCGUCACUUAUUUCUGUGUCUGGAAAAGUAUGAUGCAUUACAUCAUGGGUAGGCAAACUAAGGCCUGGAGGCCGGAUCCGGCCCAAUCACCUUCUCAGUCCGGCCCCUGGACGGUCCGGGAAUCAGCAUGUUUUUACAUGAGUAGAAUGUGUGCGUUUAUUUAAAAUGCAUCUCUGGGUUAUUUGUGGGGCCUGCCUGGUGUUUUUACAUGAGUAGAAGGUGUGCUUUUAUUUAAAAUGCAUCUCUGGGUUAUUUGUGGGGCAAAGGAAUUUGUUCAUUUUUUCCCCUUCAAAAUAUAGUCCGGCCCCCCACAAGGUCUGAGGGACAGUGGACCGGCCCUCUGCUGAAAAAGUUUGCUGACACCUGCAUUACAUUAAUGUGUCAUAAAUGGCAUAGUGGGGGGGAGCGAGAACAGGCAACUGACCUGCUGCACUAACCACUCCUGGCACAAUCUGCAGGGCACAACAAGAAGAGAGAAUGCCUACCAGCUCUAUAAAGCCAUCUUCUUCUGAUGAUGGGGUGCAGCCUUCAGCAACCUGGUAACACCACCCAUCAGGGGCGUAGCAUGGGUGUGUGUCUGUGCGCUGGGGCAAUCACCCCAGCCACAUUUUUCACAUUGGAGUGUGUGUGUGCGCGCGUUUGCGUGUGUGCAAUGAUCAUGCCGCCCUCCCUGAGCCAGCGCUGUGCUGCUUUGGCAAGGCUGGGGAUCUGAUCAGAUCCCAGCCUUGCAAUGUGGCUCAGGGAGGGCGGAGUGAGGACACAGCAGCCAUGUGUCUUUCGGUCCCAGCCCCUUGAGUACAAGUCUAGUGCGGAAGUAUUCCUGUCUUUAAUGAAUCUUGAACAUAACUUGCUCUAGAUUGCAACCAAUGGAACAAAUUUGCUUCUUUUCUGCUUCCCUUCUUCUCCUGCCAGUUGUGGUUUUGUUGUUGCUGGUCAAAAUCACUUGACAUUUCCUAGUACAGUGGUACCUCGGGUUACAGACGCUUCAGGUUACAGGUUGCCGCUAACCCAGAAAUAGUAUCUCAGGUUAAGAACUUUGCUUCAGGAUGAGAACAGAAAUCACGCGGCGGCAGUGGGAGGCCCCUUUAGCUGAAGUGGUACCUAGGGUUAAGAACAGUUUCAGGUUAAGAACGGACCUCCGGAACGAAUUAAGUUCUUAAACCAAGGUGCCACUGUAUGUUUGACAGCCGAUCUGUACUGAAAUGUGAUGCGUUGGGGCCACGUGGAAUCAUUAUUGUGUAAAAUUAUCUCAGAGUAUAAUAACAGUUGCAGGAGAGACUUGAGCACCUUACAUUUAGUUUCUGGCAAGAUGCUGAUACAUUCAUAAAUUGGCACAGUUAUAAACAUUUUACUGGCAGGUAAGGAACAAUGGGAGAUGAGCUGCCUCUAAAUCUUGUGUUGAGCAUCGCAGGGGCUUUGUAUGGCCCCAUUAAACUUGCUGCUUUGUGCUGACACUUCUUUAGAUGCUUUAAUGAACUUUUAAAAAGAGAGGGAGAGAAGUUUCUCCAAGUUGAACUCCCAUAUAUUUCUUUAAUGCCGGUUUCUGACAGGCCCUGCUAUUGCAGCACUUUCAUGUCAACGCUACAUGGACAGUACUUCUGCUUAAAUACUCCCAGGCCUAACCCACAGUUGUAAGCUGUGGCUAAAAUAACUAAUGAAAAAAGAGGCAAGCAGACAUCAGAAGCCCAAAUCCUCGAGCUACAGAGUUGCUAAGCACAGCAACCUUCAUAAUGAUAUUUGCAGCAGGACAGUGGUGAGACCGUGCUAGAUGUUAUUGCGGUGCAAGAAAAUACAUUAAUGUAUUCUCUUUCUUGAGUUAGGAACUACCACACUUGCUUUGGUGAGUAAAAUAAAAUUUCAGAACACUUUCAGAGCUAGGACCUAGCUCGGUUGGUAGAGUAUGAGACUCUUAAUCUCAGGGCCAUAGGUUCGAAACCCACACUAGACAAAAGAUUCCUGCAUUGCAGGGGGUUGGACUAGAUGGCCCUCAGGGUCCCUUCCAACUCUAUGACUCAUUAUCAAGCUUCCCUUACAUUUAUGAUAAAGCCUGACUUGUGGCAGCUUUCAGUAUUGCUCACUGACCAACACCAUGGAUGCUGGUAAGACAGGCCUGGAAAACCAGGAAACCCCCUCAUCUUGAAGGAAUCUGGUAACUACUAAUUUUGCCUCCAUAACCUGUGGGCGAAACAAUUACAGUGGUACCUCGGGUUACAGAUGCUUCAGGUUACAGACUCCGCUAACCCAGGAAUAGUACCCCGGAUUAAGAACUUUGCUUCAGGAUGAGAACAGAAAUCAUGUGGUGGCAGCGGGAGGCCCCAUUAGCUAAAGUGGUAGCGCAGGUUAAUAACAGUUUCAGGUUAAGAAUGGACCUCUGGAACAAAUUAAGUUCAUAACCAGAGGUACCACUGAAUCAGGAGUAAAAGAUGUCUUAAUGCCACAAUUUGGGGAGGGGGGGAGCACACACUACAAGUGAUCAAUCUAUUUGUUCAUCCAAUAUAUUCAUGCUGAGAAUUCUCUUGACACCUAUUCAUUUGUAUUUGAACAAGUAGGACUUGCAAUGGAAGGUUGUGGUGUGAAGUGUUCAUGUUCAGUGUUCCAGUCAGUCACUUCCCCUCUUCCAGAAUACUCCAUUCUUUCCCCUUUCCCUCAGGCUGCUGAUAACUCCCCCUUGCAUGCAGUAUAUAUCCACGUUCACCUCUGAACUUUGGAAGUAGAAACAAUAUUUUAAGCAGUUUGAUAGCUGGUCUGAUGUCGUGCUUAAGAGCACGAAGUGAGUAUAUUUCGUAUUUCAUCUCCAUCAUAAACUCACUGGAUCAGACAAACCAUUAUCUUUAAGUUUUAGUCUUGAAGUAGUUGCCAAGUUGUUCUAAGGAUUUUUGAGAUAAGGUAUGGGAAGCACCGCAAGCAUUUAAGACAAGCAGUACAUACUAUAUUAUUCAUCUUCUUUAUGCCAAAGACACAAAGAUUCUGCUGUAAAUUUUAAAACUGGGAUAAGGUUUCUUUGGCACAUUUCCUUGUAACCAUGAAGCCAGUCUGAUUUGAGUUUGAUUUGAGUUCAAUCUCAAAUGCCUGUUGUUUGCAAGCAGUGUUCAGAAGCUUCUUUGAGGUUCUUCGGUGAGAUCAGUAACAGCAGACACAGUUCCUUGAACAACGGAUCUAUCCCUGUAACAUGUAAUCACAGGGUUGGAUGUGUUCUGGGUAUACUCAGGCUGAAUUUACACCUGUAGUAUGAGCUGGAGAUGAGUAGUAAGAACUGUCCAAAUUCAGGCAAUUUGUGAGACACGCCAUUUUGGACUAGCUUAACACGUUUUUCUAUUUUUCCUCAGCAUUCUACCAUUUCCUUAUGCUCCAUGCAUCAAUUUAUGCAGGGUGAUGUUACUUGGCAUUGUCUUCUGUGAACUGGAACAUGCUUUAAAAUUCUUUGCAAUACCUGAGUUUGUUGGCAGAUGCAAAAGCGUUCCUUGGCAGACCGGCCGAUGUGGAAAGGGUUCUUUGAAGGCAGAAAGUUUGAAAGCCACAGCCUUCUACCCACAAUACUGA